AUGGAUGUCCUGCCGCCGCCAGACUAUCCUCCAGUUGAGUCGAGCGAAUACCCUCAGUUGCCGACUCGGACGCCGGCACCCACUCUUGAGGUGUUACAUGCUUCCUGCGCUGGCGGUGAUAUUCAGAAAUUUCGGGAUAUUCUCAAAAAACAAUGUUCAUCGUCUAAGGAAUUUGACAUAUGCGACUUCUAUGCGAUAAUGAUAGAAGCCAUCAAACGAGACCAAGUACAAUUCAUUAAAGAGCUCCUUGAUCUUGGCUUGCCCAUGGAUCCGCUCUAUGCUCUGACAGCGAUUCAUGCGAAGGGAAAGGGCGCUCUGAAAGUACUUCUUGAGAAUGGUUGGAAUAUCAACCAGCCUAUGAGCGAACUCAAACCUCCUGUGUUAGGUUAUGCUAUUGCAGAUGAGGAGAUGGUAGCUUGGCUCCUCGACCAUGGAGCCGAUCCUAAUCGACAAUGUGUUAUUGAUCUCACCCCACUUUCUCUUGCUGUCGAGAGCGCGCCAAUAUCAGUCAUUCAGCUGAUGCUAAGUCGUGGCGGAGAUUUUCGAAAAGGCCAACUUCUCCAUCACGCAAUUGAGCGGCAUUCUGACAGCAUUGCGGUCUUGAGCAUUCUUGUAGGAAAAGGGGCAGCUAUCAAUACAACUAUGUACGAGGACCAUUAUCCUUCUCGGGCGCUAUUCUCUUUCAUGGGUCUCGGAGCGCCUUUGCAUAAAGCGGUUGAACUGGGCAAAGCCGAUGUGGUUCGCUACUUGGUCAGCGAAGGGGCGAAUUUGAAUAUCAAAGAUACAAAAGGUCGCACAGCUCUGGAGUAUGCUCGAAUGUUAAAUCAGCGGGAAGUCAUCUAUACCCUUGAGAAAUUUUCCUAG